AUACAUUUAAGCAGUAAGAAAGAGAGGGAUAUGGGGGCAAUUCUUUUGUAUAUUUUUUUUCCUUUUUUCCUUGUGAUUGAAUAAGCUUUGAUUGUUUUCUUUAGCUUUAUCUGCCGACAGAAAACCAGGCCAUAAAGGGGGCCGAAAUUGAAGACAGCUUAGCAAGGCCCCCUUACUACUCUCUAUAGUCCUAUUCCUAUACACCAACAUUUUCUUCCUCUCUUACUUCCUGUGUUUUCGUUUCAAGUUUCUAUCUUUCACUUUCUCUCUUGGAGGGUAACAAGAAAGUACAAUUUUUUAUUUUUCUUUCCCUUUUGUUUUGGUGUUUGUUGCUAUGGAUUUUUGCCAAAAUGUGUCAGUCUCCGGUGAGUACCAACAAGACCAAGUCCUUUCUUCUCCUUGCUCCAAACUUGGUGCUACCUUAGCCACCACUGGCACCCUUGAUGACCUUUUCCCUGCUCAGAAUACGGAAGUGGAUAAAAGUUUGGAAUGGUUGUCUAUAUUUGUAGAGGACUGUUUAUCCAGCACAGGGAACUGCAUCCCAGUAGCGGCAACUACAAAUGUUCAGAACGUAAGUACAACAACUGCAACAAAGCCUGCAAAAUCCUUGCAGCAGAAGCCCCAACAAAUUAUUCCACCUUCCUUGCAGAAAUUUGUAGUUCCAGGCAAGGCUAGAAGCAAAAGAAAGAGGGUGGCUGCCACAACGUUAUCCAAAACCAAAAUGAACCCAUUUACCGGCUGGUCAUACCAGCUAAACUCACAUAACCAAAACUUCCAAUUGGCUAGCUCAGACCCCCCUUUGCUUCAACAAGCAUAUUGGUUAGCUGACAGUGAACUCAUUGUGCCCAAAAAGGAAGAUGACAGCAACAAUAGUAGCAGUAGCAUGAUGGGAAAUAGUGAGGUAGAAGAAUCAAAGAAAGAGGAAAUGGAAGGGGAGAAGAUGGUGGUGGUGACUAAAGAGAGUUCGGGAAGCCUGGAGGGGAAUAGUGGGCAGCAGCAGCAGCAGCAGCAGCCAAGGAGGUGCACUCAUUGCUUAGCACAAAGGACCCCACAGUGGAGAGCUGGACCAUUGGGUCCAAAGACUCUAUGCAAUGCAUGUGGGGUGAGGUACAAAUCAGGGCGGUUGCUGCCAGAGUAUAGGCCAGCAAAAAGCCCCACUUUUGUGAGCUAUUUGCACUCCAAUUCUCACAAGAAAGUGAUGGAGAUGAGGAUGGCUUUGCUGUCUUCAAUUCCUAGCGAGCAGUGAUGACUUUUUCUCCUUUUUUCUCUUCUUUUUCCCUUCCUUUUUGAAACUCCCAUUCCCUAAUGUAAAUCAAAGUUUAGAUAGGGAAAAAAAAUAUUUGAAGAAAAUUCUUCACUAGUAAAUGUAGUAAUUCCCUUAUUUCUUGAGGCAUUUUAGUGGCUUAA